GAGUGUAUCAUUGAUGAAGACUGUGAGACAGGGAAAUACUGCCAGUUCUCCAGCUUUGAGUACACGUGUCAGCUCUGUAAAACCCAGCAUGCACGUUGCUCACGGGAUGUCGAAUGCUGUGGCGAGCAGCUCUGCGUUUGGGGCGAGUGCAGGAAAGCCACUUCAAAAGGAGAGAACGGCACCAUUUGUGAGAACCAACACGACUGCAACCCUGGAACGUGCUGUGCUUUUCAGAAAGAACUACUGUUUCCUGUGUGCACGCCCUUACCUGAAGAAGGUGAACCCUGCCAUGAUCCUUCAAACAGACUUCUCAACCUCAUCACCUGGGAACUGGAACCCGAUGGCGUGCUUGAGCGAUGCCCAUGUGCAGGUGGCUUGAUCUGCCAACCUCAGAGCCACAGCGCUACAUCUGUGUGUGAACUGUCCGCCAAUGAAACCAGGAAUAAUGAAAAAGAAGAUCCUUUAAUCAUGGAUGAGAUGCCAUUUCUCAGCUUGCUACCCAGAGAUAUUCUUUCUGAUUACGAAGAAAGCAGCGUCAUUCAGGAAGUGCGUAAAGAAUUAGAAAGUCUGGAGGACCAAGCAGGUUUGAAGCCUGAGCCUGACUCAGCUCAUGACCUGGUUUUGGGAGAUGAAAUUUAAAGUCCAAACACCAGACAGUUUAGUUAGUUAUUUCUAGAAAUUUUUGUCUAGUGUCUUGCUUAUAUAAAUCCCAACCACAUACUGCUGGAUAGAAGUGCAAUAAAAAGGUCUUCAGUGAGCAUCCUUUUCUGGGCACCAAACCUGCAUGUGCAAAUUGUC